ACAGCCUACCUGUCAGCUGUGCUCACUGCUGAUCUGAUCUUGAAUUUGUUAUGUGUUAGUUUUACCCACUCCGACUGAAGGAGAUCAUCCUGAAAGAAACAUUUUCUGUGACAUCUGUCGAAGGAUGGACAGCCAGGGAAGAAAAGUGGUGGUGUGUGACAAUGGGACAGGGUUUGUUAAAUGUGGCUUCGCUGGAGCCAACUUCCCUGAGCACAUCUUCCCAGCCAUGGUGGGCCGGCCGAUCCUUAGAUCAAACACCAAAGUGGGCAACAUAGAAAUCAAGGACCUGAUGGUGGGAGAGGAGGCCAGUGAGUGUCGCUCCAUGCUGGAGGUGUCCUACCCCAUGGAGAACGGCAUGGUGCGCUGCUGGGAGGACAUGCUCCACCUGUGGGACUACACCUUUGGUCCUGACCGCUUGGACAUUGACCCAAAAGAGUGCAAGAUUCUCCUGACUGAGCCACCCAUGAACCCCACGAAGAACCGGGAGAAGAUAGCUGAGGUCAUGUUUGAGAAGUACCAGUUCCACGGCAUCUAUGUAGCCAUUCAGGCUGUGCUGACUCUGUAUGCUCAGGGAUUACUCACUGGGGUAGUUGUGGACUCUGGUGACGGUGUGACCCACAUCUGUCCGGUCUACGAGGGCUUUUCCUUACCACAUCUGACACGCAGGCUGGACAUCGCAGGUCGUGACAUCACACGCUACCUCAUCAAGCUCCUGCUGCUCAGAGGCUACGCCUUCAACCACUCCGCUGACUUUGAGACUGUGCGCAUGCUAAAGGAAAAGCUGUGUUAUGUGGGAUACAACAUUGAACAAGAGCAGCGUCUGGCCACAGAGACCACCUACCUGAUGGAGUCCUACAUGCUCCCCGAUGGCCGGCAGGUGAACGUAGGAGGUGAGAGGUUCGGGGCUCCAGAAGCUCUGUUCCAGCCUCACCUCAUCAACGUGGAGGGAGCGGGAGUGGCCGAGCUGCUGUUCAACACCAUCCAGGCUGCAGACAUCGACCUCAGGGCGGACUUCUACAAACACAUAGUUCUGUCUGGAGGAACCACCAUGUAUCCUGGUCUUCCAUCCAGACUGGAGCGAGAGAUCAAACAGCUCUACUUGGAGAGAGUCUUGGAUGGAGACACACAGAAACUCUCUAAAUUUAAGAUUCGUAUUGAGGAUCCUCCUCGACGCAAACACAUGGUGUUCCUAGGUGGCGCUGUGCUGGCCAACAUCAUGAAGGACAAGAACUCCUUUUGGCUUAGCCUCGCCGAGUAUCAGGAGAAAGGCCUUGGAGUGCUGCAGAAACUGGGAGGAGGAGUCAGAUAAAAGUUUGAACGUCACCCAAAAUUCAUAUCUUACUUUGGUUACUGCCCUCCAGUGGAAAACAGAAAAUACAUCUUCUCAAAAGUCAGAAUUUCUCUUUUAUAGAAACAGUGGAAAUGUCAGAAGACCAUGGGGAAAAUAACUACCAAAUUGACAUUGAUAUUUCCAAAUUACAAAAUAUUGUCUUGACCACUACGUUUGUUGACAAAAAUCAUGAGGUUUUAGUGGCCCACAUAUGGCAUGGUACGGCCCAUUUUUGGAUACUUGAUGUGGACCAUAAAUCAAAUUGUUUUCUGGCCCACCAUCUAGAGAAGAGUCAACUUAGGUUGACAGUUAUAGUCCACAUCCUGAAUACCACUGCCUGGGUACAUUUGAACAAUAAACUUUUAUGGAUAUUUUUUAACAAUAUAUAUUUUGUUGUUCUAAAGUUGUAAAUCAUUUAAAUAAAAACAUCCAUAUACAUUC